AUGGUGUUUAACCCAGUUGGUGAACGUGGUGAAGGAGAAGAGAUUGUUCUUGUCAAUCCACGAGUCAACAAAUAUUCAAGAAAGUUGGUGCCCUACAAUGAGGGAUGCUUAUCCUUUCCAGGGAUCAAUGCCGAUGUGCAGAGACCAGACUCUGUAAAGGUUGAUGCAUGGGACAUCAGUGGUGCAAGGUUUUUAGUAAACUUGUCAGGCCUUCCUGCACGGGUGUUCCAGCAUGAAUUUGAUCAUUUGCAGGGAAUUCUUUUCUUUGACAGAAUGACUGAAGAAGUUCUUGACAGUCUCCGUGCAGAUCUAAAGGUCUUGGAAAAGAAAUACGAGGAUAAGACUGGAUUGCCAAGCCCUGAAAAGAUAGAAUCCCGCAAAAGAAGGAAGGCGGCUGUUGGUUUUGGAAAAUCAUGA